CCUGGCCGGCGGGGAGGAAAGUAUCUGCUCCGCUGAGGGGGUAAAGGAGGAGCUGGAGACAGAUUGUGGGGCUGAGCGCAGGCGGACCAGAGGUGACGGAGCUACCAACGGCUCCGCUCUGCUAUAUGAAAUAUGGGAGACGACAGACCGUUUGUGUGCAAUGCCCCAGGCUGUGGACAGAGAUUUACAAACGAGGACCACCUGGCAGUUCAUAAACACAAGCAUGAGAUGACAUUGAAAUUUGGCCCAGCCCGAACUGACUCAGUCAUCAUUGCAGAUCAAACUCCUACUCCGACUAGAUUCCUCAAGAACUGUGAGGAGGUGGGGCUCUUCAAUGAACUAGCUAGCUCCUUUGAACAUGAAUUCAAGAAAGCUGCGGAUGAGGAUGAGAAAAAGGGAGCUUCUGGGCCUCUGGACAUGUCUCUGCCUUCCACCCCAGACAUCAAGAUCAAGGAAGAGGAGCCAGUGGAGGUGGACUCAUCCCCACCUGACAGUCCUGCCUCCAGCCCCUGCUCCCCACCACUGAAGGAGAAGGAGGUUGCCCCAAAGCCUGUUGUGAUUUCUACCCCGACACCCACCAUCGUACGUCCUGGCUCCCUGCCUCUCCACUUAGGCUAUGAUCCACUUCAUCCAACCCUUCCCUCCCCAACCUCUGUCAUCACACAGGCUCCACCGUCUAACAGGCAAAUGGGGUCUCCCACUGGCUCUCUCCCUCUCGUCAUGCAUCUUGCUAAUGGACAGACCAUGCCUAUGCUGCCAGGGCCUCCAGUACAGAUGCCUUCUGUUAUAUCGCUUGCCAGACCUGUGUCCAUGGUACCAAACAUUCCUGGUAUCCCUGGCCCACCAGUUAACAGCAGUGGUUCAGUUUCUCCCUCUGGCCACCCUGUGCCCUCAGAAGCCAAGAUGAGACUGAAAGCUUCCCUCACCCACCAAGUCUCCUCAAUCAAUGGUGGUUGUGGAAUGGUGGUAGGCACUGCCAGCACUAUGGUGACAGCCCGUCCAGAGCAGAGCCAGAUCCUCAUCCAACACUCUGAUGCCCCAUCUCCUGCCCAGCCACAGGUCUCUCCAGCCCAGCCCAUCCCCAGUACCGGAGGACGCAGGCGGCGCACAGUGGAUGAAGACCCAGAUGAACGGCGGCAACGAUUUCUGGAGCGCAACCGUGCUGCAGCCUCCCGCUGCCGCCAAAAGCGGAAGCUGUGGGUCUCUUCACUGGAGAAGAAAGCAGAGGAACUCACUUCUCAGAACAUUCAGCUGAGUAAUGAAGUGACAUUACUACGCAAUGAGGUGGCUCAGUUGAAACAGCUACUGUUAGCUCAUAAAGACUGCCCAGUCACUGCACUACAGAAAAAGACUCAAGGCUAUUUAGAGAGCCCCAAGGAAAGCUCAGAGCCAACGGGUUCUCCAGCUCCUGUGAUUCAGCACAGCUCAGCAACAGCACCUAGCAAUGGCCUCAGCGUUCGAUCUGCAGCUGAAGCUGUUGCCACCUCAGUCCUCACUCAGAUGGCCAGCCAAAGGACAGAACUGAGCAUGCCCAUGCAGCCACAUGUGAUCAUGACCCCACAGUCCCAGUCUGCAGGCAGAUGAUGCCUUCCCUGGUGGAGAGGUCCCAGCCAGAGCUCGCCCGCCCAAGAGCCCAGAGAGAUGUCAUCCUGUCCCCUCCCAUCCACCUUGGACAUGGAAACAUGGGGGGCAAAAUUGUGUGUUGUGAGUAUGUAUAGACAUGGGGCUUUUCUCUUAGCCACGUGGUCAUGUACACUUGAUAUUUGUACUGGGGGCAUCCCAGCUGCAGAACCACCUAGAUCACCCCUAGGGUGGCGUUUCUGAUGUACUCACAGCCUCAGACCUACCCAGAUUGUCUGAGCAAUCGUCCAUGCCCUGUGCACGUAUAUCUGUCUCUUUAACACUAACCCUGGCACUUCUAGGUUUGGGGUUUCUCAGUUCUUCUCACUAAGCUGUGGCUGUUACCUUCUUGUUCCUUACCAGCAUGCCAGUUCCUGCUAGACAGAAGAAGGCUGUCCCAUCCCUAGCGCCCAUGGACUCAGGACUUUGUCCCCCAGUAGCUACUAAUUUAUCCCUUUUCCCCUUUCCAAAUUCUCAUUAAAACAUUCACUUACGGAGAAUGUAAGGUUCCUUUAGAUGUAUGAAAUAGCAGUAUUGCCCAGCUCUCCCGUGAGGUUUAUUCCUUUUCCCUACUGGCUACCAAAAAAGAAAGAGAGGAGACAGACAGAGAGACAGAGACAGACAGACAGAGGACAGACAGACAGAGAGCAAGUGAGCAAAAAGAAACAAGCAAAACUCCAAGAGUUGUUCUCCUUUUUCAUCUAUUUUCAGAAGUAUUUGGGUACCUCAUUUUGUCCUCAACCUGACUUUCCCUAGUCUAGUAGUAUCUUGACUUUGCCACAACUUCUCCACUGAGCCUUAGCAACCUCAUCAUGUGGCCUUAUUGUCAAGUUUCACUUGGCAGUGAAAACAGAACUAGGCAGGGAUCUUGACUAGUGAGUCCCUCAACCUCCAUCCUCCUUGACUUGUAAUCAUCAGGGCAGACAGGAACAAAAGCACGUAAAGCUUGUUCCCAGGUUACUGGAUUAACUCAUUCUUUUGUUUCACAGAGUUUACUGGCCAAAGUUAGGCACAUUGUCACUUCUGGUCACCUUAAUGCUCCUGCCACUCUUCAAUCCCUGUCCACAUUACUGCCUCUCUCUAUCCACUGUAACUAGCUCAGUCAGCCUUCUGGAGACUGUCACGUGGGGCACUCUCACUCUUCCUCCAUCUCUCAGCCUCAUGUGUCUUUUCUGAGCUAUAUCCUGUACCAGUGCCCAUCAUUUCUAGACUACUUUUGCUCUCACACCAGUUUCCUAGUCUGCCUAUUAGGUCUUCCUGGUCCUGCACAGCUUCUUCAGCUCAUUUCUGUCCUUUGCGCUAAAAUGCAAUACAUACUUCUCCCUAGUACACGCUCUAAGACUGAAGCAAAAUUGCCAGGGUUCAAUGGCCAAGUGACCUGAGGUUGAGUGGAAGGGAGGGAGGGAGCGCAAAGGUACAGUACUAUUCUGAGCAGGGAAGGUGAUGGCUGGCCUGCUGGGAAAUUGUAGACUGUGGCUGUCAGCCGUUCUUCAAAAAUCUUUAGAGUUGGGUUUCAGAGGGAGAAAUUCAUUCCCCUGUUCCUCUUCCUUCGCCAUUAGGACUUCUCAUCUUCUCUUGGCUCUGAACUAUGCAAUUUUUACAAGGCGAGAGGACAAAAUCCAAAGCCACAGGCCUGUGGAUAGAUAGGUCAGUUUUAAUAACCCCUUAGUAUGAAGCCCUUCCAAUUGUCCCAGGGCCACCUGCUGCCAUCUGCCAAAGCCAAGAAUGUCCUUUUCUCCAAGAAUGUCUUUCCUGCCUCCAUCUUAAACAUACCAAGUAACUGCCAGCUUCUUUUCUUACUUUGUCUUCCAAAAUUGGCUGUCAUGGGGAAAUGCACGAGAUUCACAUCUCCUCAGAAUGAUACCCCGGCAAGCCAGUCAGGUGAUGCGCUCUGCUGCCUUUGCUUUAAAUUCCCUGCUCUUGAUCGCUGGUGCUGAACGAGCCAUACCUGGGGAAGACAAAGGAAAGCAACGUGGUUUUCUUAACCCCUGUCGCCAGGGACCGAACAGGAAAAGCCCUGGGGUGCUGCAGCUAGCAAGUGUCAUGGCAGAUGGUCAGGAUGCAGGCCUCACCUCAAAGCAGAGGGACUUUGCUUCCCUUGAAACAGUCAGAGCCAUCACCUGUGCUCAGGACAUUUCAGAUAGUUGCUCCCAGGGCUUUUUUUCCACCCAUUUUUGAAUCUUGUUUCAUUUCUUACUGUCCUGAUUUCCCACUAGCAGCCUUUCCCUAUAGCAUGACUAAGUUUAUGGCUCCUAAGGAGCUUUCUUCAUUAGACCUUUGUCUGUUUUUCUUCCCCCUUUAGUCAAGUGUUUUUAGGGUUAAAAUCAGUUUGUCACUGCACACACAACCUUUGUUGAUUAGCUCUUUGUAGAGGGAUUUUUUUUUUUUAAGUUUCUUAGCCCCAUACUUAAUUCUCUUGAGUUUUUAAUCAUUUUCAUCAGCAAGAAGUUAGUAUUGGACCUAAAUGAGGGCCUCUGCUAGAACCAUAUAGUGAAGCAGCACUGAAAUGAGGAUGGGGCAGGACAGAACCACAGGGACCUGGGGGUGGCCUUGGGUCUGCCUGAAAAGGCAACAGCAUAGUCUCUCACUGAAGCCUUGCAUUUGGUUAAGGAGCCCCUCACUCGUUACUGCUGCCAGCCUUGUGGUCACUGUGCGCUGGCCUUUGCCUUCCAUGCUUACCUGGACCAGAACCAGAUACCGUACAGGGUAUUACUCAGUCCUUCUCAAGGCCAUGGGCUUCCUGGGGUCUAAGGACCCUUUGAAAAAGGAGACAAGUGUGGACAUCUUAGGGCUCUGCCGAAUGAACACAGGACCCAGGCCCCUACGUCACUCUAGGCAAAGGGGGUGAGACCCAGGCCUUCUGGCCAACACACCCACUGCCCCACUCUCUUAACAGAGCCUCUCACACAACCAAGGCAGACUAUACACGCUUUCCUGUGGGUUGGACACCCCACACACAGCUCCUUCCUGCCUCUGCUCCUCUCCUUGCCCUAAGCACUAGCCCAUUUACAGGGGUUUGUUAAAGAGGAGCUGGGCCAGCUGAACUUGCCUUGCUGCCCCCCUUCGCUGUCCCUGUUGUAGCUUUCAGCUCCCUUCUGACUGGCCUCUAACUCCUCAAGGGCCUGCCCUCCAGCACCUUCCCCUGCCUGUGAACCACCAGGCACCAAAAAUCCUUCCUCUGCUCUGGGAGGCUCCCUGGCUCCACACCAAGAGGCUCCUUGCAGGUGCUACCCCAUGAGACAGCUUCCCACCAAAACCUCGCCCCUUCAUAAUCCCUUUCCACCCAAGUCAUUUUCCCAUUAAUAUUAUACAUUGUAUACACAGAGAGGAAAUAUGUUACUUAUUUUUUUCAUAGUCUGUUCCAAUUUCAGUCCUCCUCACUAUAUCAUAUAUCCCUUCUAUUGAUAAGCUCUUUCUGCUUUCUUAGACUUAUGUUUGACCCAGGUGGGAGGCGUGAAAGAGCCGGACAGGUGAGGGUCCCCACACCCCACUAUAGCUUCCUUAAUCCUCCGCCCCUCUCCAAGCACAGAACUGAACUGUUUGUAUCUGCACAGAUGGAUGUGCACAGACAAACCCCCACCCAGCCAGCAGGCGUGGGCAUAGACGACUGGCUGCUGGCCAGCAUUCCCACCCUCUGCGCCAGUUGAAGUUUCUUGUUUGGGGUAAAAUCCUACCUCAAGAUGAGAAAAGGUUGGGAGAAGGGGCAGGGUAAGGCUGCUUAUGUCCACUGUAGAUGGCAGUGUGCAUUGCAGCUCCUAAAGCUCAUUUUAGUUUUUUAAUGGGGCUGGGCUGCAGCACAAAGGGAUCGUGCCCAAGCUGCUAGUGACUGGUGUUUUAGCUGUAAGUGGCCAUGAGCACUAGUGUCACUGACUUUACCUUAGGGCAGUGGUUCUCAGAAAAUGGUCCAGGGCUACCAGCAGAGCAGCCCAACCUGGAGCUUGUUAGAAACGCACAUUCUCAGCCACGCCAGACCUCCUGAAUCAGAAGCACUCCAAGUGCUUCUCAUACACACUAAGUUUGUGAGCUGUUGCCUUAGGGACAACCUGGUAUCUUCUUCUAAGGCAUUAAGGAUUCUUUAAACACCAUUCUCUGCCUUAGCACUACCACGUUUUUCCAUUUCUUCCGAUUCCUCCCUUCACACCAUUAAAACAGCCACCAUGUCACUCAUCUCAAAUUCUAGGUUUGUCUUCCUUUUAGUCUUCUGUCUAAAACUUGUCCCUGCGUUAGUCUGGACAGCUCUCCAUAUUCCCUUGCAAACUGGUCACUGGUGUCUUGGUUACAUUAAGAACCAACCAGAGCUUUGGCUGCCCCGUUACACACACACACACACACACACACACACACACACACACACACACCCCUUACAGGCAGGGAGGAGAUAAGCCUCCAGCCCCGACAGUGGAGGCUGCUGCAUCCUCAUAUAGUAUCUGUGAAGAAGAAAGCAGUGUGUAUCUCCGAUUAUAUUUCUGCUCAUCUAUAUAUUUUUGACAUGUGGCAACCCCUCCAUCUCAUCAAGGAACUCUGCAUGCCCUGGAUCUCCCCAGGCUCCAGCGGUGAUCCUGCCAGGUGGAAGGAUAUAGCGCCACAGGCUCUUUUGUUACAAGCCCAACAUCCCCCUUGGCACCGCCAGUCAGCAUGGCCCUGUGAGCAGGCUCUCACACUCUCCCGGGCAGGCGGGGCUGAGGUAGGGACUGUGUGCCGGCCCUCCCUCCCUCCCUCCCUCCCUCCUCCCCUUGCCACUUAGCAGUUACCCCCAGCCAUGCCUUCUUCUCCCUCCUUUCCUGGCCCUGACAUAUAUUGUGCCUUAUUUAUGCUGCAAAUAUAACAUUAAACUAUCA